AUGAGGUUGAAUCCAAUCAUGAAAGAAGUUGUUAAGAAAGAGAUUAUCAAAUGGCUCGAUGCUGGUAAUAUUUACUCGAUCUCUGACAGCUCAUGGGUGAGUCCUAUACAAUAUGUGCCUAAGAAAGGAGGUGUCACAAUAAUCAGCAAUGAUAAUAAUGAGCUUAUUCCAACUCGCACUAUCAUGGGAUGGAGAGUAUGCAUGGAUUACCGCAAACUCAAUAAGCAUUGUAUGAUGGCCAUAUUCUCAGACAUGGUGGAAAAUUUUCUUGAAGUCUUCAUAGACAAUUUCUCUGUGUUUGGCAAUGAUUUUGAGGAUUACUUGAAAAAUCUGGAAUUGGUUUUGUGCCGCUAUGAAGAAACAAAUCUUGUUUUAAACUGGGAGAAAUACCACUUCAUGGUUCGUGAAGGGUAUUGUGCUAGGGCAUAA